GCAGCAGAGCCGCCCAACAGGCGGGAGAAGGUCGCACUGCGCACAUCAUGACGAGCAGUUCUGUCGACAGAUUAAUGCUGUUUGCACGCGAGGCCUUGGCGUGACUCGGUGGUGGUCCCCGGAUGACCCUUGAGAUGUGAAAGAACUGUUUUAAAGGGGGGGGGGGAGGUGUACGUGUGUCGACACGGCCGGACGCGCGCCACACGACCUGCGGCUCUCGGCGCUGGACCCAGCAUCCAGCCUGCAGGUUGACAAGUACAGGAUCAUGCCUUCUGACAUGUUCAUCCCGAAAUGGCUGGACGAGCAGUUCAUCGAGCGGUCUCUGCAGGAAGGCGAGGACAACACAAAGAUCCAGGUGAGGCGGAUAAGCGUCCGGCCUGCAACCUCAGUCGGCGACAACUACUGCAGCGACAUGUUCAGAGUCACAGUAGUUUACGGUGUGUCCAGUGACUUGGACUCGGAGGCCCGCGAAAGGUCACUCAUCGUGAAAGCUCUCCCGGAGGCGGAAUCGAUAAACAGUUUCUUGAAGGAAACCGAUGCGUUCACCACGGAGACUGAUGUCCUGAGGAGGGUGAUACCGGAGUUCCGGCGCCUGCUCGGCAGAGCGGUCACUCUCGCGCCGAGGUGCUACUGGUUCGCCGACAAACCUCACCAGAAGCUCGUGAUGGAGGAUCUCUGCGAGUCGGGCUUCCAGAUGGUGCAGAGGACUCUCGGCCUAGACCUGGACCACUGCGAGUUGGCGGUCACUCGCCUGGCGAUGUUCCACGCGGCCUCCUUCGCGCUUCGUCGCCGCGACCCGCCGUCGCUCGAAAACUUCCGCGAGAUGCCGCACCUCAAGAACCCCGACGGCACGAAGUGCUUCAUCACGUUCUCGUUCGACAGCGUCGUCAAGAAGCUGCAGGCGUGGCCCGGGGCCGAGCGGUACUCCGAGAAGCUCCAGCGACUCGGCGAAACAGCCUUCCGUCGCGUGGUGGAGGUGUUCCGGAGGGACGAGGACGGCUUCAACGUGCUGAACCACGGGGACGCGUGGAAGAACAACAUGAUGUUCAGGUACGCGGCCGACGGGAAGGUGUGCGACGUGGCCUUCGUGGACUUCCAGUACUGCUACUACGCGUCGCCUGUCAUCGACCUGCAGUACUUCCUGUACUCCAGCCCCAGCUCCGAGGUGAGGAGCAGUCAGCUGGAGCGGCUCGUCCAGGUCUACCACUCGUCCCUGGCCCGGACGCUCGCGGUGCUGGGGUGCGGCGACCGCUGCCCGUCUUUGGGCGACCUCCACGCCGAACUGAAGAGGAGGAGCUUCGUGAGUGUCUUCACGGCCGUGUGCCUGCUGCCCGUCGUGCUCGCCAGCUCCGACAGGACUCCGGACCUGCACGCCGUGGUCAGCAACCAGGCCACGGUCGAGGGGGCUCACUUGACGGACGAGUUUGCUCGAGAGAUUCUACGGCUCUUGCCAGUGUUUGAAACAAAUGGUUGGCUGUGAGUGAGAACGUUUGAUAUGAGAGUGUUAUCUGUCACUUCCUCCACAUAAAAAAAUUUUUUUUCGUAAGAUGUAAAAGUCUUUUGGGGUAGUAUUUUAAUUACUCCUGUAAAGUGUCUUUCCAUAUUAAUGUGUUUUAAUUUUACAUAUUUCGAGAUUUUUCAUGUGAGUUUUCAUAUUUUUUGAACAGAAACCUUGGGCCAGCAUUGUUUUUAUUGUUUUAUUGUAUGUUAAUGCUGUAAUAAAUAAAAAACACAAUAAAACAA